AAACAAAACAAAAACAAAACAAAAUGGUGGAGAAAAUUGUUUGCGAUUGGAAAUCUUGGUUGAGGUCUCCUCAAAAGAACAAGUAUUCGGUCCUCAUUUUGGGCGCCGUAAUUCUUGCAGUGGGCCUUGCGUUUAGGCUUAUUUACAGUAACAGCCCGUUUGAUAUUUCUCUACUUUCAAGCACUUCUAUUCUUGGCAAAACUCAUGUUUCACCAUCCCCUGUUAUUUCCGUCACUUCUCAAGAGGUUACAGAUCAGAAUACGACUCAAGAGUUGUUUGACAGUGAAGGAAAAUGCAAUCUUUUUGUUGGCGAUUGGGUUCCUUACGAGGGCCAACUCUUAUACACAAAUAACAGCUGCAGCUUCAUUGGAGGCCACCAGGAUUGUAUGAAAAACGGGCGUCCGGACAGAGAUUAUCUUCAUUGGAGGUGGAAGCCCCACGCUUGUGACUUGCCCCGACUCCAUCCCAAGAAAUUUCUUCAACUGAUGAGGAAUAAAACUUGGGCAUUCAUCGGUGACUCAAUCAAUCGCAACCAUGCCCAAUCCUUUAUGUGCAUUCUCUCUACUGUAGAGAAAGCGAUUGAAGUGUACCACGACGAAGAGUACAAGUCCUACAGAUGGGUCUUCCCUUCCCACAACCUCACGGUGUGGAACUUGUGGUCCCCACUCCUCGCAAAGGCCGCCAUUUUCGAGGACAUUAACGGAGUCUCCACAUCGGAAAUCGAGCUGCACCUUGACAUCCUUGACGACAGCUGGACCCAAUAUUACUCCACGUUCGACUACAUGAUAUUCUCGGUCGGGAGUUGGUUCCCAAAGAGCACGAUUUAUUACGAGAACAGCCUCGCCAUCGGCUGCAACAACAACUGCCCUAAACGGAACCUCACCGAGCUCGGCUUCAAAUUCGCCUACCAAAAGGUUCUUCACAACGUGUUUGACUUUAUCGUCCAGUCAAACCAUAAGGAAGGUGUGGUGUUGUACAGGACCACGACUCCCGAUCAUUAUGAAGGCGGGGAGUGGUAUAAUGGGGGGACUUGCAACAGGAGUUUGCCUGUGAAGGAGGGUGUGUUUGAGGUGAAUGGGGUGUAUAGGAUUUUACGUGACGUGGAGAUGGAGGAAUUUGGGGAAGCGCGUGUUAGGGCGAAGGAGAGUGGGGUGAAUUUUGGGCUGAUGGAUGUGGGCCCGCUGGCGUUGAUGAGGCCCGAUGGGCAUCCGGGCCCGUAUAGAUUUUUCCAGCCGUUUGCUGGGAGUGGGGGGGAGAAGAAGGUGAUUAGCGACUGUUUGCAUUGGUGUAUGCCGGGCCCAAUAGAUGCGUGGAAUGAUGUGUUGAUGGAAAUGGUUGUCAGAGGUUGA